UUAUUAAUUCUUGUUUUUUCUUCCCCUUUACACAUAUAAAUACCCCCCUCCCAUUCUCCAUUCCAUUCAUCAUCAUCUCUCAUUUGCUCUUCGCUUCCCUCCAAUACCAAUAAAAACCCUUUCGAGUUCAACCGAAAAAAGAAAACCCUACUUUUUCUUACAUCCUCGGAUACCUAAAACCACAAAUUAAUCAAACAUGUCUGGAGUUUGGGUAUUCAAGAAUAACGGGGUGAUGCAAUUGGUCGAAAACACGUCCGAUGUUCACUGCGAUAACGGAAGGCGGUCCGCCCACAGUAAGAGGAAGGCGUUGGUGUACUUGCCAACUGGGCAGGUGGUUUCUUCUUACAGUUGCCUUGAGCAAAUAUUGAGAGGUUUGGGUUGGGAGAGGUAUUACGGCGGGGACCACGAUCUCUUCCAAUUCCACAAACGCUCUUCAAUUGACCUAAUUUCUCUUCCCAAAGACUACUCCAAAUUCAACUCCAUUUACAUGUACGACAUCGUUGUCAAGAACCCUAAUGUUUUCCAUGUCCGAGACAUAUGAAAUAUCAUCUGUCUGAAGUCUUUCUUUCAUCUCCGAUCCAUUUCGCUUUCGUGUGAUAAUAUAUCUAUAUAUAUCGAUCAGAUCAGUUUGUUUUGUAAAGUGCAGUUAAUGAUGGCUUCUUGCCUGCACUACGUACGUACUGUGGUCGUUCUAUAUAUAUGUAGUUUAAUAUAUGUAGUUUUGAGGAUCAAUCAUGUAAAAAUAAUAAUAGUUGUAAUUGGUUUGUGAUAUUUGUGGAGUGAUCUCGAUCGGUUUCAGUUUUCUCGAUUAAGUACUGAUAAUACAAGGAAGGAAUUUA